AUUAUACAAUAAACGUCAAUUUGACAGGAAUUGUAAUCUCGUGUCAACAGUGCUUAUGUACCGAAAAUGGAAUUAUUUUUAUUAUAAUUAAAUAAUUUACGAUAUAAACAUGAGCGAAUCAGAUGCGGAUGAAGAAAAUUUUAUUAGAUAUGGCACACCAUUGGAGCCUUUCGAGGAAGAUGAAGUUCCAACCAAAAGGAAGUAUCAACAGCAACCAGAUCAAUAUGCGGUUGAUGAGCAUGGCCGGAGACGUUUCCAUGGUGCGUUCACAGGUGGUUUCUCUGCUGGGUUCGGAAACACAGUGGGUAGUGCUGAAGGAUGGACUCCAGCUACCUUCAAGAGUUCCAGAUCUGAGAAGGCGCAGCGUACGAAUCAAAGACCAGAAGACUUCAUGGAUGAAGAGGAUAGAGGGGAGCAUGGCAUCGCACCGCGCCACAUGCAGACACACAGUGAGUUCUCUGGACAGAAGAGAACUCGCCCACGACAGUACCAUGACGGGCCUAUACCUGGUGAGCCAGUAUUAGAGCAGUUAGUGCAAGCAGUCCACGAGACGGCUGCAGUGAAGAUGCUGCGCGCGAUGGGCUGGAGACAGGGCCAGGGGACCGGCGAGAGGGUGUCCGGACAGCAAAAGAAACGCGCACGAGACCAACACAAAGUGUAUGGAUGCUAUAUACCGCCUGAGAUGAGACCAGUGAGUAGCAUAGCCUGUAUUAUCGAGAAUACACAAACAGAAGACGACAAUGACAGUUCAAGUUCAGAGGUCGAUUACGACACCCUCUUCGCGCCAGACGAUUACGAACCUUACAUUCUACACCGUAAGAACGAUCGUUUCGGCCUCGGUUACUCUGGCCUCAGCCGUCACUCGGUGCUUGGGAAUCUGGUGGGCGAGUAUGGGAGCCAACCUAGCAGUUCGAGAAGUCAUUUGGCUAUGAAAGAGAAAGGGAGAAAGGUGUCGAUCCGCGGUCAAGCGUUCGGCGUCGGCGCAUUCGAGGCGGAGGAUGACGAUAUAUACGCGUCUGAAGAUAUGUCGCACUACGACUUCUCGCUCGGCGGAACUGACAGCAAAACUGACAGGAAGCCUGUCAGGGAGAAGAGUAAUAAUGUGCUAGAAGGGUUCGUGAAGUCGUCUGCGCCGCUGCCGUCAGUCCCGUCGUACCCUGCGCCGGCGCUGCCACGCGACUACCGGCCGGCCGCGGCGGGGGCGCGACGCUCGCGGUUCGAACCCACCGACCAACCGCAGAGGGAUCAGGGGUUAGGACGUCACGAGCUAACAGCAGAAGCUAGAGGCGCUUUGCUCGGCGAAACCCCACUAACGAAACAACCUGAACCAUCGACAAAAACUAUCGAUAAAGAGGAAGCACUACUCAAAGUACUGGGACGCAAUGUCAACUUUGUUUCAAAGGACACAGAAAAUAAAUCGAUAGAUUUCAUCCCUAUAACCGACUCUGGAAAGGAGUUGACAAAAGUUUUCAAACCAUUUGCGAGUGAUCGGAAGAAGCAAGCUCGAUAUGAGAGGUACCUUGUCGAUAAAGCGGUGGUGUGGGAAAGAGACGGCGAGAGCGAUAGCCUUACCGAGUGGGAGCGAGAGAGAGAGAUGGUAGAGUUCGAACAGGCUGCUAAAUUGUAUAAACCGUUGAGCGGAAUUAUGGGGGACAGGUUCACCCACGCGUCAGAGCCGGACGAAGCUCUUAACCCACUAUCCGCCGUAGCCAAGAGCAGCAUCAAUUAUGGUCUAGCCACGCGCGAGCAGACGGAGGCGGCCGCGAGGGGAGUGUACGGCGUCAUGACCCGCCGGGAGGCGCCGUGGCGGCCCGACUCGCUCGUCUGCAAGCGGUUCAACGUGCCGGAGCCGGGCGGAGUCAGGCAAGAAGAGAAGAAAGAUGAUAAGCCGAAAGUAUCUUAUUCAAUAUUCUCCUAUAUGGAAUCGUCUGUCCACGACAAAGACAGCUUUACUAAAGAGCAAAGCACGUUCAGCGGCUCAAAAUCACAGAGAGAACCUCCGAAACCAUCUCAAGCAGAACCAACAAGCAAUACUGAUGAAAUUGCAACAAAAACUGACGAGACCACGUCAAGCAAAGGAAUCGAAAAGUUAUUCAAACCAGAGAUAACGUCAACAGGCUUCAGAAAGAGACUGACGGUAGCCGAACUUUUCUUAAAAGAAUCGGAAAUGAAUAAAGACCAAGGUAAAGAAGUAACGGAAACUAUAAACAAAUUCGAUAAAAUGGAUUUGUAUAAAUCGAUAUUUCUCAGUGAUAGUGAGGACGAGGAACCCAUUCCAGAUAAAAAUAAAACAGACUUUAUCGAUGUGCCAAAGAACGUAGAAAGGAACACGUCCCCACCGCGUGGUAUAUUCGCUAAUAUAAACUUCGACGAAUUAAAUUCUUGGAAACGGAACGACGAUAAACCACCGACUGGCACAAAAAAAGACGAGGAAAAAAUUGAGGAAAAAGAUUCAAAUUCAAAUGAAGAACAAUAUUAUGGUCCGAAGAUACCGGAUAAUUUGAAAAAGAGGUUGGAAGCGGAUGUCGGUGGUGUAGUUACUGCUGUGCAAGAAAUAGAUUCAUCAUCGAGUUCGGACUCGUGGGUGGAUGUUAAAGAAGUGAAAAAAAAGAAAAAGAAGAAAGUCAAAAAACAUAAGUCCAAGCAUAAGAAAAAAAAUUCUAAACAUAAGAAAAAGGAUAGAUAGGUUUUAUGCAAUAAAUUAUUUUAGUAAUGGU